CAGAUGAUAAACAGAGACUGCUGUCCUCCGCCAUUUUCCACCACUUCCAGGCUUCAACACGAAAAAGAGCAGUGGCACAAAGGAGGACACUCGCUUGUUCAAACUCGUAGCUAACGUUAGACAUAUUGUUCAUAUUAUUGCAAAAUGAGUGACAUUGAAGAUGGGAACUUUGAUGGACGAGAUUCUCGCUCCCCAUCCAAAUCGGAUCGUGGCAGUCCGGUUCGGGUGAAGUCUCCGAGCAGAUCUGGCUCCCCAAGUCCAUCCCGGGCCUCCAAACACUCAGAGUCUCGAUCCCGCUCACGCUCAAAAUCCAGGUCUCACUCUCGGAGGCACUCUAACCGGCAUUACAGCCGCUCUCGCUCCCCCUCCAACCGGAAGAAGUCUCGUUCCCGGUCAUACAGCCCGGAGUACCGGAAGAAGAAGAGCCCGAGUGUGUCCCCCAACCGACGUCGCCACACCAGCAGCAGAAGCCACGACUUCAAAAAAGAUACAUUCAGUCAGGGAGCAGGAGGUGGUGGUGAUGAUGCUAGGGCCAACCCUGAUCCAAACACAUGUCUGGGGGUGUUUGGGCUGAGCCUGUACACCACGGAGAGGGACCUGCGGGAGGUGUUUGGCCAGUAUGGCCCGCUGGCCGGUGUCAACGUGGUGUAUGACCAGCGCACUGGGCGCUCCCGUGGCUUCGCCUUUGUCUACUUUGAGAGGAUCGCCGACUCCAAGGAGGCGAUGGAGCGAGCCAACGGCAUGGAGCUGGACGGGAGACGUAUCCGGGUGGACUUCUCCAUUACCAAGAGAGCCCACACCCCCACGCCUGGCAUCUACAUGGGCCGACCCACGCAUAAUGGUGGUGGUGGCGGCGGAGAGCGGAGCGGUGGUGGAGGCGGGGGUAGGAGGGGCCGGGACUCGUAUGAUCGAUACGACGAUCGUCGUGGUGGUGGCGGCGGCGGCGGCGGUUACGAUCGAGGAUAUGAUCGAGGAUACGACCGCGGAUACGACCGGGGAUACGACCGAUAUGACGACUACGACAAGUACAGUCGCAGGCGUUCUCCUUCACCCUAUUACAGUCGGUACAGGUCCCGCUCCAGGUCCCGCUCAUACAGCCCACGACGAUAUUAACAAACUGCAGUCAAGAUCCAGCUUUGCUUUUCUUCGUUUCCCACAGUGGAACGAAGCUGUUCGGGGAAAGUUGUCACGCUAAAGUGUAUAUCAACAGACGAACCUCCUCUGCAACUUGGCACGGAAGUCUGUUUGGUGGGAGAGUCUUUUGUUUACGUGCUGUGGAUGUCUCAAUUUUUAGACUACAAUGCCUCCAUAUUGAGUGUGCUGGGCCAGUUAAUUUUUUUAUUUUUUGAAGAUGUCUACCUGGAUUUAGCUUAUUGGAUUCAAUCCAUAGAAAUAUGAGAAAUAGAAUAGACAAAGCAUUUACUCAAAUUGGUGUUGUCGUUGACUUAAAUAACUGUUCUAUUCAUUGUAUUUCCAUCCCGUUAAUCCCCUAUGAUAGACGAAGUCCAGGUAGAUAACUUUUUAGAUAAAAUCAGCUCCAGAAAACUUAAGUGGUAAUGAAACUUAUUGGCCCUGUUUGAAUACCUUUUUUAUGCACUUUUUUUGUCCCUAAUCACUGAUUUAAAAGUGACUGGAUAAGUGCUAUCCAUUGGAUUAAUUUCAGCAAUUCAGCUUUUUUUGAGCUCACUGGUUCCUUGAAGAAAAGGAUAUAUUCAAACAGAGUCACUGGUUUUAGCAGUGGGAAGACAUUAAAUUUAUCAGUGGUUGAAAGAGGGUUUUCAUUCCUGGGUCACUUCUUUGAGUAGAGGAUGUUGUUGAGAUCCCUCCUGAGAUUUUUAUUUUGUUUUAUUUUGUUUCUUUUUAUGAAAAUAAAACACAUUUAAAAAUGUC